AUGUUAAUAUUAUUACCUGUACAAAUAGUGAUGGCAUUGUUAAACUUUGUUUUACCAGCGGCAGCAUGUGCGCAAUUCAAAAACAAUACACAAUCUAAUACGAAAACCAAGUCGAGAGUUUCUCCAAGACUAUUUUCAGCCGGCCUUAUUCAGACAACGCGUAAUUUAGAAGCAUAUUCUUUGGUUUGGCUUACAAUAGACACAAAAAAUUUAGAUGUGACAUUAUUACGAAAGUCAAUUAAUUAUGUUAAGGUAUUUCACGACUUUGAACAGUGUGAACAAUAUAUUAAAGAAAUUAUUGAUGAAAAAAUUACUUUUAUUGUCAGCGAUUCGAUGGGCCAAAAUCUUGUACCUCGGAUACAUGAUUUAAAACAAGUGAAUGCGAUCUACGUAUUCUGUUUCGACAAGCAGAAAAAUAAAAAAUGGACAAUGAAAUACACAAAGAUCAAAGGUGUUUAUACAGAUGAAAAGAAACUGAUUGCUCAUAUAUCACAAGAUCAAGAAAAACGUGAAAAGUACUUGGAGCCAGUGUUACUAAGUUUCUCUGGACAAGAAUCAUCUCAUACCAAUAUGCACGCCGAAAAAGGAAAUUUCCUUUGGUCACAACUGCUCGUCGAUGUAUUUGUUCACACGGCGCAACAAGAACAGCAACGAAAUACAAGUGAUCUUGUCAAUAUAUGCAGGGAACAAUACAGAGGAAAUCAAACUGAAUUUAGAAAAAUUGACGAAUUUGAACGGACUUAUACGUCUAGUGCUGCUGUAAAGUGGUAUACAAAAGAUUGUUGUUUCUAUCGUUUGUUGAAUAAAGCAUUGCGUGUCCACGAUCUUGAAGUGUUAAUUGCAUUUAAGUUUUUUAUUGUUGAUAUAUUUAAUACGCUGAAUCACGAAAAAGAAAAACAACUGAAAGAUGCAUUGGCUGCAAUUCCAUCUAACAAAAUUUAUCAUGGUUGUCCUGCAGGGUUAGUCGAAAUGGAGAACUAUAUGAUCACUCGUCGUCUUCCUCCCUAUGAUAAACUCAUAUUGAAGGUCUAUCGGGGUCAAGCCAUCUCAAAACGAGAAUUUGCUCAGCUAAGAAAAAGUGCAGGCAACUAUAUCUCCUUAAACAGUUUCAUUUCAACUACUGAAGAUCGAAAAUACGCACUUGGAUUUAUUACCUCGCUUAUUGACUGCUUGGACGAAAGCCUCGAACCCGUUUUAAUUGAGAUCUAUGCUGAUUUACGUUUGCAAACAAAACCAUUUGCUAAUGUUGCUCAUUUAAGUCAUAUGCACGAUGAACGAGAAGUACUGUUUAUGCUUGGUAGUGUGUUUCGGCUUGAUAGUGUUACGUAUGACUCGUCUAUUGGUAUCUGGAUCGUCAAGCUGACAUUGUGCAGUGAAAAUAAUGAAAAUUCAAAACAAAUUUACGAGUUUAUGAAGAAAGAACUGAUUAAUCAAAAUGAACUAUUUGCACUAGGACUUUUGCUGAAACAAAUGGGCGAAUAUUCGAAGGCAAAACAAUAUUUUGAGCGUUUACUGAAUGAUCUAUCAUCUGAAAAUGACAAAUUGACGUGUCUCGAUAUAUUAGCCGGUAUAGCUAAAACGAGUGAAGAUUAUACUAACGUAUCGCAUUACUAUCAGACAUCACUAAGAUUAAGACAAGUGUUAUCAGUAGAAACUGCAGAGCAAAAAAUAUUAAAUUAUAAUAAAAUCGGCGAGAUUUAUUGUUUCACGGGUGAAUUUCAACUUGCAUUCGAGAAUUAUCGUCUAGCAAUAAGUAUUUGCGGACACGAUCGAAUGAGAGCUAUUUGUCUUAAUAAUGUUGGACGAGCACAUCGGUUAACACAAAACUAUAAACAAGCUAUAGAAAAUCAUCAUGAAGCAAGGAGAAUUUUACGAUUAUUGUAUCCAUUGUUAGCAGCCGAUAUUGCUGACACAUACAGAGAUAUUGCACAAGUGUACACAGAAAUGAAGAAACACGAACUAGCGCUAGAAAAUUAUCAGAAAGUUCUAAAAUAUCGGUUCAAAGCAUUGCCGCCUGGACAUCCAGAUAGAGCAUUGGCUAUUGAAGCAAUUGGUAUAGUUCACGAAAAACUUGGACAUGACACCUUGGCUAUACCAUGUUACACUAAAUCUGCUGAAAUUCUGCGCAAUUCACUUCCUUCUCAACAUCCUGAAAUACGAAGACUAAACGAAGAAAUGAAAAACAAAACUGUUCCAAUUCUGACCUCGCCCUUGUCCGAAGCUUUAAAUUACAAACAAAGCAAGUCUCUUACUGACGAAAUUGUACAUAUGGCUCCAAAUCAUCCACCAACAUGGGCACCAAUAUUUGAAUGGAAGUCUCUGUGUCAUAUUGCUCGAAUUAACGAAGAAGAAGAAGUGGACGCUGAUAGUUUUUUCGUGACAGGAAUUAUGUUUCCUUGUGGUACGUAA